AUAUAUAUCCGGAAGAAGCCUGAUAUAAAACGUUGACAGGUUUUAGUCAUUUCGAUAGUAUCACGUGACAGAAAAGAUGGCCGACCUAGAACCUCCCCCGAUGGAAGACGAGAGUCUGAAGGAUGAAGACGACUUAUUUUCCGACACAACAGAGAAGGUAGAAGACACCUUGCCAGAAUCACGCCCUGUGUCCGAGCAGCCAGCCCAAGUUGAAGAGAAAACUCGCAUCCCAGCUGAUAUCAGCAUUGACAGUGAUAAAGAUGAUGAGGAUCUCUUUGCAGGAGGUGGAACAGAAGUAAAAUUAGAGUCUGACGAUGAUGAAGAGCCUGUUGAAGAGAAAAAAGACACUCCGGCCCCAACUCUUGCCAUGGACGAGCCUGUGCCUGAGAUCAAACCUUUAACGGCUGAAGAGGAGAGGCCCAAGCUUGAUGUGUCUCAGACCACAAUAACUGCACCGGCUAGAGUUGCUGCUACCAGAACAUCAUCCAAAGGAUCAAAAGAUGAAGAGAAGAUUGAAGAAGAUCCAUACAUGAUGGAAAUUAAGGUUGUAGAGCCACACAAAGUUGGUGAUGGUAUGGGGGCAUAUGUUGUGUAUAAAGUGAUAACCAAGACGACCAUUCCAGCUUAUAAAAAAGCCGAACUUAUUGUGAUACGAAGAUUUAGCGAUUUCCUCGGAUUGUACGAGAAAUUACACGAGAAACAUACUCAUUAUGGUAGAAUUGUUCCCCCUGCCCCAGAGAAAAGUCUUGUUGGUAUGACAAAGGUAAAAAUGUCAAAGGAAGAGGCUGGUUCAGCUGACUUUUUAGAAAGAAGACGAGCAGCCCUGGAAAGGUAUUUAAACAGAACAGCUAGUCACCCAGUGUUGAGGAUGGAUCCCGACUUCCGUGACUUUCUGGAGCGUGAUGGUGAGCUACCUAAAGCCACCAGCACGUCGGCUCUCAGCGGAGCCGGGGUAAAGAGACUGCUGUCAAAAAUGGGAGAUGCCGUAGAAAAAAUUACAUUUAAAAUGGACGAAUCGGACGAGUGGGACUAUGACAUGCAGUGGUUUGAAGAGAAACACCAGCAAAUUGACAACCUAGACCAGCAAUUAAGAAAAUUACACAGUGCAAUGGAAUCUUUGGUGAACCAUAGACGAGAUCUCAGUGUAUCAACGGCUGUGUUUGCAAAGAGUGCUGCCAUGCUCGGUGCAGCAGAGGAACAUACUGCUCUGUCCCGAGCCCUGUCACAACUUGCGGAGACUGAGGAGAAGAUCGAACAAUUACAUAAAGAACAAUCUGACCAAGAUUUCUAUGUGAUGGCUGAAUUAUUGAAGGACUAUGUAGCACUUUUAGGCUCUGUCAAGGAAGUUUUACAUGAGAGAGUAAAGACAUACAAGAAUUGGAAGGAUGCUGAAGCCACCCUGACGAAAAAGAGGGAAGUGAAAGUAAAACUUGAGCUGGCUCACAAAACCGAUAAAAUAUCACAAGCACAGCAAGAAAUAACAGAUUGGGAGCAGAGGGUAGAGAAAGGCCAGAGAGACUUUGAGACGAUAUCAGCUACAGUACGUAAAGAGGUGGCGAGAUUCGAUAAACUACGAGUGGGAGAUUUUAAAAGCAGUGUGAUACAAUACCUUCAAAACUUAAUGGAAAAACAACAACAGAUGAUCAAACAUUGGGAGCAGUUUUUACCAGAGGCAAAGGCCAUUGCAUGAUUGGGAAACUAAUUAUUAUAACAUUAUGUGUGUGAUACAUUAUACAUUCUAUCAUAUUGUACUAGUGCUUAAACAAAACCUACCAUAGAAUAAUUUAUUUAUAAAGCUUCUUUCUUUCGGCUUUUUUUUGUAUGUAAAACAAUGAUUUAUAUGGUUGGUACACAAUUAGUGCAAUGUUGUGAAAUGCAAAAGGUAAUAAGAAUUAGAUGGCUGUUUUUGCAUGAACAAAACUUUUGUCCUCACAAGUGUGUGAUUAGUUUUCAAAGUGUGUGUUUUAUUUCUUAAAUAUUUUCUUUCCUACUGACAAAAAUAUAAAUAAAAUAUUUAUAUGAUUAAAGACUUCUUUCCAAAUUCUGAUUACUUAAAUUUUAAUUAAUUGCAUUUAUGUGCUGAUUUUAUGACACCCUUCUUAUAAAGAUUUGAUAUUUGAGUCUUUAAUGUAGAUAACAUCCUUAUAUACAUAUACUGUAAAAAGAUUUCAAAUGUCUUUAGAACACCAAUUACUUGUAACCAAAUAUUUUCCUGGUAAUAAUAGUGUUUGGUAAUUACCUUUUAAUUAUUUAACUUUUUGAUUUGUAUGAUGCAGCUAUAAGACGCAGUGUUCAAUAUGAGCAUCUUAAUUGUAUUGGAAAAAAACGUCUUAUAACUGAGUAAAUUGUUAAAAACUUUUCAUUGACAUAGUAAGGCCACUUUAAUGAUGUGUUAUAAGAUAAAUGAUUAGAUAAUAGCCUAAUUGUGACAGUGAGUGAGUGGAGUGUUGUAUGUAAAACUUGUGUUCCUCGGAGAGGACUACCGAAACAGACUUACUCGAAUAGCAAUUAAUAAUUGUAUGAUGAUUGUUAAACAUAUUUUCAUGGCAGAUAUAGAUGUAGAUAUAUAAUUAUUGAAUUCAUUAUGCAUGGGAAGUUAGUUACACAUAGCAUAUAGCCAGUUAUCAUAUUUUGAACAUUUAUGCUUCUUUGAUUGUAUGAAAAUGUUAAUUUGUUAUAGAUAAUUAAAGUUGACCUAUGGUGGUAUCUAAAAGCAAAAUGCAUGUACUGUAGUAUUUCUUUGCUCUUCUGUUUGCAUAGAAUUUUCAUUUUUCAUGUUUAUGCCAAAUGAAUAAUAAGUUUUUUUAAUUAAUGCUCAGAGUUUAGAAAAUGUCUUAAUUGAUAUGUGCACCAAAACAAAAUUUUCUUUGACUACAUGUACUGAAGAUUUAAAUAAUCAUGUUAAAGAUGAUUGUCAUGUUCUUUGCGGAACUUUAAAUCAUGUUCUUUGCAGAACUUUUAAAUAAUAUUGUUUACUGUAGCUUCAGGUUUCAUGACCCAGGAUUUAAAUAUAAAUGAUGUAAAUUUUCUUAAUUAAAUUUGAUUGUAUGAAUGACAUUUCUUAUUAGAUAUAUAUAUAUCUUAAUUUAUAUAGUGCAAUAUUUCCCCAUUGUGUUUUGAUUAUAUUUUCUUCCUACAAGUAUAAGUGUGGCAUUAAAAUAAAGGUGAACAGAGUAGGUUUUGUCUGUUAAUUUACAUAAUGAAUAUUCAUUGAACAGUUAAUUAUUACAAUACAUAUUCAUUUUAAUAUACUGAAUAUCCAUACUGCUGAUUGUUUAAACAAAUUAGUUAAGAUAACAUCAAAUGAGCAAGUAGGAAAGGGUUAUUAUUAAGAACAAAGACCUUGAAUAAAUCAAUCUUUUGAGAUAUAAGGCCUUUACAUGUUUGUAGAUGGUCAAAAAAACCAAACCAAAAUGGUUUUCUGCCAGGAUAUAUGUAGUAUUUCUUGUAUUCCAAAUCUAUUCCUUUUCUUGGGGGGAGGGGGGAAAAUGUAAUUAUCAAUUUUUGUCAUUUGUUUACCUCAUUUAUUUGUUGUUUAAGAAUUUUGUAGAUACUUUUCAGGAAAACUUAAAUGUAAGCAUAUAGCGUUUUUGUUCAUGACAUGUUUGUUUGAAUCAUUAAACCUUUUUGCCUACGAAUCAAAGUCAUGAAAGUAUAGUUUAGAUAUGUAUAAUUACUUAAAACCAGUGAUGUUGACUGCCUUGAAAAUAGAAUUGACAUAAGCUGUAAUUUUUUAUAGUUUUUUUUUAUAUAAAAAAAUGUCAAGCAAAUUAUAAACCUUUUUUCUUCUGAUUAAUGUUUUUGUGUAGAUCAUGUAAAAUAUACACACACGCAAACGUUAUUAUGAUUGAAAAAGAAUAUUUUGCACAGAUAUAAACCUUUUACUUUCCCAUACAAAACAUGUUCUUAAUGGUGGCUUGGUCUUGAUGGUUUAGGCAUUGAGUAAUCUGAAAAUCCCUAGCUAUGAGUGUUCGAGCCCUGUCUGGGGCAAGUUGGUGUUUCCUUGAGCAAGACUCUUAACACUUGUUGUUUAGUACUGAACAGAUUUGAACAAAAGUGUUAAUGUACUUAUAAAUUCCUACACGGUCAAACUGAAUUAAAUUUUGAAUACACUGAAACUUGUUUUUACUGAAACUGAUUAGUGCCAGUGAUAUAUAUACAUUUGUAUAUAUUAAUAAACUUUUUACAUUAUGGUUGUAUAUGGCUCAUGAAUAAGCACUGCUUUGCAGUGACUCAAACAAGAUCAUUUAUAUUUUCUGUUUAUUAAAAUAAUCAUCACUCCCUUGGCUGUUUCAUGUAGUUUGGUUUGUAUAUAUUCAGGCCUUUUUCUACCUAUCAGACCCAUUUCAAUUGUAAAAUAAAAUGUGUGCAUUAUUUCCAGUUUACAAAAUUAAAAAAAUAAAACAAAUUUUAUCCAAAGUCAAAGCUGAAGAUACCUUUUUUUUUCAAGAUUUUUUUUGCAUGUUUCUGAAAAUACAGGUAAGAGAAGGGUAGAUAACUGGUAUAAUAUAAAUCAAGAAAAACAACAGAUUACAUAUUAUGAUUUACAUUUAUUCGUGCAAAAAUAUUAUAUGUUAUCCAUAUAGAGCGACAUACAACAUUUUUUCAUAUGAAAGCUUUUUAAAGUUAACUUUUCCCAAUUUUGCAAAUACAAAAUGUAUUAGGACUCAAAAUUGCCUGUUUCUCAAAGUCCUAAAAAUGGACAGAAAAAGGCCUGAUACUGUUAUUGUAUUGUCUCGUUUUAGUCAUUAUGAUUGUCAUUCUAUUUUGAAACUUAUUGAUACGUAUUACAUAUAUGUUACUGAAUAUCUUGUCAGAAUUGUUUUAUGAAUAGUACUAUUUGCUAUGUAAGGGGAUCAAAUGUGAUUUAAAUCGUUAUGAUGAUACCUGUAACUUUGUAUUAAAGAUUGUAAAAUUUA